GAGGAGGAACAGACCCAGCAGCCUUCCUCUUCGGAGGGGACUUUGCCUGUUUUGUUUUGUUUUGAAUGGCUGCAGGAGAGGCCAGGAAGAAAUUCCCCUUGCAAAUCAGGAACCAGGGCACAGGCUUGUGGCCUCUGACAGUUGAAAACCGUUGGUCACCAAGGAAGUUAUCCUCUUGCAGAUGCAAAACCCAGGAAAUACUGCAAAAGUUCAUCAGUUUCCUGAAUGGUGUUUCUAGCAAGAGCCUGCCUGUCAAACACAACACAAAACAGGUUUUCUGCCUGAAAUCGUCCUGAAAGCAGGAUUCUCAAUAACUUUCUGGAUUUGCACUGGUAAAGCCACAAGUGAAAGUGAUGAAGGAACGAAAAUCUGCAGGCCUAGAACGAGAAGAGGAACCAGGAGGAGGAGCAGGAAAAGCCAUCCGGAUCAUUCCGCCUGAAGAUACAGCGGAGCGAUUUGGAUGGUGUGAGGGAGGAGAGGAGCGACUCUGGAAAGUGCAGAGUCAGGACUUCUUAGGAAGAAUGGAUUCCCCUCACACAGGAUGGGGGAAGGAGCGCAGCCCCUGGGAUGAUGCCAAGGCCUUUUUGGUCUCCUUCGAGCAAGUUGCAAAAGCCUGCCAGUGGUCCAGGAAAGAGUGGGUGGCCCGGCUCAUGCCAGCGCUGAGUGGAGAAGCGCAACAGGCCUUUGGUGCCCUGGAGGCCAGAGACAGGGAGGAUUAUGGGAAAGUGAAGGCAGCCAUCUUGCGCUGGGAAGCCAACCGUAUGGAAACCCUGCGCCAGCACUUUCGGCAGUUCCGCUCCCAGGAGGUGGAAGAUCCCCGGCGGAUUUACAGCCAGUUGCAGGAGCUUUGCCGCCAGUGGCUGAGGCCGGAGAGGCACUCGAAGGAGCAGAUCCUGGAGCUGCUGAUCCUGGAGCAGUUCCUGGCCAUCCUGCCGCCGGAGCUGCAGAGCUGGAUCAGGGCUGGCUGUCCUGAGAACUGCACCCAAGCUGUGGCCCUGGUGGAUGUUUUCCUCAUGAACCACAGAGGUGCUGAGACUUGGAAAUGGCAGGGGCCGUUGCGAGAAGUGGGUUCUCUGAAUGCUGAGGAGGAAUCCCUGGACCUCACACAGAGAAAAGUCUACAAAGAAGCCAGGCAGAAUAGCGAGGGGGAGAUCCACUUGUUGGGCAGGGGAACCAAACGCCCAGGACACUUCCCUCCAUCACUUCCUCCUGAAGGACAGGAAACAGCUGAAGCUGGGAAGACAAAGAAGUGGAUGAACACCAGGGAGACAGAUGUCGUCAAGCAAAGUCCGAUGGAGCUGGGCCAAAGGACCAUGUUUUGGCAAGUCCUGCAGGAAGACGGUGGAAAUGUAGACACUUUGGAGGGAUUUUUAGUUCCUAAAUGUGGCCUUGCCUCCCAUUUGGAAAAAGAAGAAGAAAUGUUGGUCCAGUUCCUGGAGGAAAGAGAGAGACUCCCAGGUCAAGAUCCAGGUGACAUGAAGAGGAUCAAGAAGGAGGACUCCGAGGAGGAGGAAUCUGGCCCAGAGGAAACAUGGGAGUUAUCAACUGAAGCCACCCAAGUGGGCAUUCCUGGGACAUCUGAAAUCCACAAGCAGAGAUGUGGCAGAAAGGGGAUUAAACUCCAGGCAGAGGAGGCCCAAUAUGGAAGAAGAGAGUCCGAGGAAACACACAGGACUGUGCUCCAUUUAGCCCAGCGGAGUACAUUGAAGACUGCUGAAAUUCAAGAGCAAGCAUGCAAAUCCAAAAGGCAGUAUACACCUGCCAAGAUAACAGUGCCUACAAGCCCCAAAGGAUCUCCAAAUAUGGGGGAAGAUACUGCUGUAGAUCGUCAUGGCACAAUGCCUGCUGGAGAGAACUUCCACAAAUGUCUCGUGCGUGGGGGAGACUUCCACCCAAGCCUCCCUAAACAUCAGAGAAUCCCCAUAGGAGAGAAGCACUAUGAAUUCUCCCAUGGGAGGAGAAGUUUCCUGCAGAGAGAACACUUGAUGAGGCACCAGCGUCGACAUGCCAGGAAGAAGACUUACGAGUGCCCUGAUUGUGGGAAAAGCUUACGUUCAAGUGGUUCGUUCAAGUCACAUCAGAGAAUCCACACCGGAGAGAGGCCUUAUGGAUGCUCUUACUGUGCGAAAUCCUUCAACCAGAGCAUCCAUCUAGAGCGGCAUCAGAAAGUCCAUACAGGGGAGAAACCGUAUGAGUGCCCAGAGUGUGGGAGGAGCUUUAGUCGGAAAGAUACACUGAUAAAACAUCAGAGAACCCACACUGGACACCAGCAGGUCUUUGACUGCGGGAGUUAAGGGCUCGGCAGGGUGAGGAAAUAUAAGCUAGCCAUUUUCAUCACCGUUACACAUCAAAGAAUCCAAGAGGUGGCGAAAGCAGUGUAAUUUUCACACUGGCAAGGAUUUAUUUAUUUGUUUCAGUCAAACAAAGCUAUCUGAAGU